AUGCGGGGUAGCUCGGAACGUGCGUUCAAGCAAACUGCUGUUAUGAAGUGGUGCGAGCUCUGCAACCGGUCGUUUGGCAGCCAGGAUGCUCUCGACCAGCAUCUCCGAGACUCGCCCGCGCACGCUCCAUCGUAUGAUUGCGAUCCCUGCAACCGGUCGUUUGGCAGCCAGGACGCUCUCGACCAGCAUCUCCGAGACUCGCCCGCGCACGCUCCAUCGUAUGAUUGCGAUCCCUGCAACCGGUCGUUUGGCAGCCAGGACGCUCUCGACCAGCAUCUCCGAGACUCGCCCGCGCACACUCCAUCGUAUGAUUGCGAUCCCUGCAACCGGUCGUUUGGCAGCCAGGACGCUCUCGACCAGCAUCUCCGAGACUCGCCCGCGCAUAUUAAGCUGCCAAGGACUCCAUUGAACACAUUUUUCCAGUCUUUCAGUGGCUUCGUAUAUGAUCCUAUUUUACCGCCAACUGAAUCAUACUUGUCUUUACAAAGAUUCUAUGGCUGGCACAGAGGCGGAGAUGAAUCUGACCAAGCUUGGCAAAGAUUUCAGGAAGCUCUCAAGCAGGAGUUCAAACUCUGGUUUGGAGCGGAGGACGAUUUAGUCGCUUGGCAUUCACUUUGCCGGGCUGUGAGAAUUGAGCCCCUGCCAAGAACUUGCUUUGACUGCGAAAAGGCUGUGCGGGGAAUUUACGUCAAUAUUGUUGACUUGAUUGACUGGGCUCGCAGCAGAGGCGAGCGUAGUAACGUGCGGCUUUUUCAUAGCCUAGAGGAACUGCGUGAUUACACCAGGAGAACACGUAAAGUUUUUCGAAAUGAUCUUGACGAAAGUGGAAGCGGCAACAUAGUUCUUAGACAUUUACUUCGAUUUAUCUUUCGAGAGAAGUGA